AUCAAAUUUGAUAAAGAAGUUGAGCAUAAUAUUAUUAUCACACAGCAGCUAAUGAACGAAGUAGAAACGAUAAAUUUUAGACAAAAAACCACAUAUAAUAAUGGUGGUAUGUGUAGUGGUAAUGGUAAUGGUAAAGUCAAUCACAGCUAUUGCUAACGCUUGCGUAUAGAUAUAAGAUUAAUCCGUGAUGCUCGUUACGUAUGACACGUCUAGGGCUGCUGCUAGUGACAGUUAAACAUGUGGACAGGACGUUCUGAUUGCUUUGUUGUUAUUUGAGAGUACGGUAAACGAUUCUGCAAGUGUGGCGUGUAGAGCAGUAAGUUAAGCUAAAAAGAUAGCAUAGAUGUUGUUCUGAUUGACUGUUCUGAUAGAGCAGGCAGGCUGCAGAGUAAUGUUAAUGUUAUGGAGGACUUAUCAAAGAUAUAUAGAACGAUAAAGAACUUGGAUGGCACUGCUCCUCAUAAUUUA